GUUGUUUAGUUAUUUAGCGAUGUGAAUCAAUAAUGUCCCGCUCCGAAAGAAGAUUGAUUGACGAGGGAUGAAAGCAUAAAAAAGAAUUUGGAAUUUACACAGGAAGUGACGCAUUGAAUUCUGUGUAAAAUGAGCAACCAAACCUUCACAACGGCCUCUUCGCAAGGUGCUAUCCAAAAGCGCUCCAUCAUCGACGUUCUGCAAGAGCUCCAGCGCCAGAUUCAGGCUUAUGGCCAAGGUCCUUUCACGCCAGAGCAGGCAAAGGAAGUGGAAAAGUUGAAAAUAUUGUAUGUAAAGGCAAAGCAGCAGUACGACAAGCAACUAAGCCUUUUACAGUCUUCAUCAAUGGCAAGUUCACAAGCCACCAUGCAAGCUGCUUUAACUGGCACUACACAGCUAUCUGUUGCCUCUACCCAAGGUGUAGGCUUAACGGCAGUACAAAGUCCACAGCAAGUUAUCAAAAAUCAGCCACAAAACAUAACAUACCAGCUACAAAGAACCCAGGGAACUGCAGCAAAUUUAGUGGCAACACAAUCAAUCAUAAAUGCACACAUGCUUGGUCAACAAAAUGUUCAACUAGUUGCAUCAAAUGCGGGCAUUGUUGUUUCCCAAGCAGUUGCAGUUGUUUCAGGGGUAUCUGGAAAUACCUCCAAAAAUCCCAUCAUAAAUGUUGCUGCAACAAAGCAGCCUAUGAUAGCACGGACUCAGCAACAAAUAAGACCAACAUCAUCGGCGGUAAAUAUUAUAAAUCAUCCUGGAACAGCCAAUGGGGCUUCGCUUGUUCAGCAGGCACAAUUACGUAUGCUGGGAAUUAAUGCAGGGAACGGUCAGACCAUGUCAGCUGGAAUACAGCAUGGUCUUGCUCCUGUCAAGCCGCCUUCAACCAAUACAGCAGUACCAGCGGCUCAAUCAACUCAGAUAUUGAACCGUAAGAAAGUUCAGGACCUUCUUCGUGAAAUCGACCCACGAGAAACAAUGGAUGAUGAUGUGGAGGAGUUGUUAUUACAAAUAGCAGAUGACUUCAUAGAGAAUGUUGUUAACAGCGCUUGUCAACUGGCAAAGCACCGAAAGUCAAACACUCUUGAGGCUAAAGACAUACAGCUACAUUUAGAUCGGCAUUGGAAUAUGUGGCUUCCUGGCUUUGGAAAUGAUGAUCUGAGACCACAUAAGAAACUUGCUCCAGCUGAGGCCCACAGACAGCGUUUGGCAAUUAUAAAAAAAUCAUUAAAGAAAUGAAAAAGCUGAAGAGGCUACUAGCUGUCUUGAGAAACCUGAAGUUGUGACUGGUGAUGGUGCUAUUUGAUAAAUGGAAGAAGUUGAUUUCUUCUUGAAAGAGAAAAGACCUAGAUCUUAUCUUGGCAGACAAUAUUUAUUGUGGAGUCAAAGUGACCGCAUGACCAUUUUAUGCAGUUAAGGAUGCUGGUUUUGGUCAAGUCCUUGCAGGUCUUUCUUGGUAAUGAUAAACAGUUGUGUACCAUUCAAUCAAGAAUACGCUGGUGGGCAUUGACAUGUUCAAAGUAUAAAUAAAUAUUGUUGACUUUACAUUGUAUUGUUUAGAUUGCAGUCAUAUUGUUAUAAUGCUAUUGACAUGCUUGUUGUAAAUUUGGAACAUUAUUGGAAUAAACAAUUGGUGUAUUGUGAAUGAUUUGAGAUAUUCUCACUGUACAUAUGUGUAUGAACUGGUAAAAUUGGAA